AUGACUCCAUUGACCCGUUGUCUCCUUGUCAUUGCCGCCAUGGCCGGUAGCUCCUCUGCUUUUUCUGCCGGAGGACUCGCGCAAAGAAGCACCAAGACCCAACUCCAUUCCAGCAUGUCAUCUCUAACGGAACAAGAAGCCCAUUAUCUCAUGGCCAAAGCACGAGAAUGUGCCUUUUCGGAUACCUGCUCUGUGGAAGAAUCCCAACAACAUUUGCAUGACGUGCUCAAUAUCCAAGUGGCUUGUGCCAGUGGAACCGUGGCGGGACAAGAUAUCUGUGAAGAUCAACAGGCUGCGGCCGAAAUUGUCUCCCGAUUGCGCGUCAACGCUGAAAGUGGAAGACAUGGAUUGACAACCCGCCAACAAGCCAUGUUUGGAGCUCUUCCCGUCACCUUUUUUGUGCUCACAUGCAUUUCCAUGUUGCUGCAGAUCAACAGCAAUCCUGGUGUCGUGCCUUUCACUCCACAAGAAGUUGGUUGGGCGCUCCGUGACGGGUACCUGGACGAUUUGGUGUCCCACUUUGUGAAAAAUGGUGGUCUCAACACGGGCACUGCUGAUGCCGUUCCGUUUACUUCGCAAGAAAUUGUCUGGGCCAUCAAAGGUGGAUACCUGGACGAUUUGGUGUCUCAUUUCAUGCGAAAUGGAGGGCUCUAA